GAGGGAGACAGAUGCUGCAUGUGCGCUGAAGGCAACCGCAAGAAACACACGUGUAGGAGGCAGACUGACGCUGGAAUUUACAAUCUGUGCAUCUUUACAGAAGGACACCUAUAGCAGCUAGAACUGCACACUGCACGAAUGAUGCCGAGCUGCUGCUUAUUACAUUCAUUCAACUUUGUUUGUUAUAUGCAGUCAUUUUGAGGAAACUCACGGGACUCAUCAGACGGCUGGUGCGUAAAGAUCAGUGCGUAAAACUCAACAUAGUCACCUCUGCGCUGUCACGGAGAGUCAUAGAGGAUUUUUCUGAACCUCAAACCCGGGCAAAACCCCUCACUGGAGAGAGUGAUUUACAAAGGGCGGUUUGAUGGAGCUCCUCCGGUGACAGCGACACUUCUCCGGACUUUCAGUUUGGUUUGGCACCGCAGCGCCUUUUAAUUCUCAAGACUGACUGUAACAUUGCGUGGAGAGUGGGUCCUUCACCUGUGCGUGGCAAACCUGACAGUUUUGGAUCUCUUAAUUGUUACAGCUAUCAGCUUUAUGUGAAACAAGAGGAAAAUAAAACUGAGCUGAACUCCCCAUCAGGAGGAACUUCAUUUCCGAGAGCUUCUAGCACCGACUUAGUGGAGUAUUCAUGAAGCAAUAUUUGCAUUAUUACAAGAUGAGGCUGAGAACAUCGAGGUUAGGUUAUCUGUAAGUACAUUGCUGCCAACAUGCUGUAAUUCAAGAUUUAUUUUGUCAAAUUUAAGCAACAGGUUUUAAUUUUUCUUCUCCCCCUCAGGUUAAUUCAGUUCACGGCGCUUUGCUUUUACGCACAGGUAACUCACAUUUUCACUUCAAUAAAAUGCAUUAAUGUUGCGUUCACUUCUAUAAUUAAGUAAGUAAAACUUAACAGGUAUGCAGGCGCCAUGCACAGCGGCUUAUAGUUCAGCGUCUCUACAUCUGCAAUGGGCUGCAAUAACAAUGAAAACAUUUUAUUACAAGUGCUAUGGCAAUUGGCAACAAUUCAAACAUCUUGAAAAGAGGUAAGCCCCAGCCUUAAAGUGAUUGUUAAAACACAUGUGGACAGAGAAGGGCUGAAAUGAGGGGGGAAAAAAGAAGUCAGGCAGGGGUGAAAGAUCAUCGGUGGUAAAAAGAAAAAAAAUAUAUCAGAGGGAAAUGUCAUCCCCGAGGGUCCCUGAAAGCAUCUUAAGAAAGUUACAGUACACGUGUGGGUUGAAUAAACGAACGUCAAACGAGAUGGAUGGAUAACAGAGAUUGAACUGAAAGGCAUAAUUAACUGUGAGCCGGGGCCUUGGCCCUCCGACUGUCAAGAUACAGCCUCCUCAAAGCUGACAUUUUUCAGACCAAUCCAAGUUGCAAAGUAAAAUCCGAGACAUUAAAAAGUCAUUUCAGCGAUUAAGACAUGUGUUUCCUAUUGUCUGGCAGAACUCUGUGCAGUCUCCUCCUAAUUUCAAGCACCAUGUCACCGAGCAGAGCCGGCUGUCGGAUCGGAUGAGUCGCAGGUUGACACGAACCUACCAGCUGUACAGCCGCACUAGCGGGAAACACGUCCAGGUCCUGGCCAACAAGAGGGUCAACGCCAACGGGGACGACGGGGCGGUGCACGGUAAGGAAAAACAACCACUACCAGAAAGUUUAGCAGAGAGAAAAGUGAGCUAAAUACGACGUAGACGGCCUAAAACUCUACAAUAUGUACAAAACUACAGUUAAAAUAACCAUUAAGUGUUUAACGAAGGUUCAACAAAAUGAAGGCCUAAGUAAAAUAUUGGCAAGCAUCUGCUGCGUAGUUAAAAUAUGAAAACUAUCGCGAGAGUAGGAAGACCUCGUCAAGAAACAGACUCAAUAUUAUUGCUAAAUUUCUCAGCUAACUCUUUCGAGAGGUGUCUUGCAUAAUAACUAAUUUAAAUAUCAUUAUAUAAUAAAUAGCAGAAUGAAGGCUCACAUAUGUUAAUCCACUCAAGGAGACAUUUUUUAUUGCCUCUAAAAUGAUGAAACAACUUUACUCUAAGCCCCUGUGAAUAUAGCCAGGCUGGGGCAGUCAAAGCUGAUGACAGCUAAGGGCCAUCGUUUCUUACAUUUCAAUGCUUUGAAACCUCAGGAAAACAAUAAAAUGGGACACAUGCUCACCUUACAAACAGGGAAUUAAAGUUGUCCAGAAAUUGUUUGGGGCGACUCUUAGAAAAGUUUUAAAACCAAGAGCAAGGGUGGAAGCAAUUAUGAGCAUCUUUUCUGAGGUUUGGCAAUAUUUAACUAUUUAGUAUGCUGGUAGUCUGGAAAAAAAACAUUCUCUAUCAUGGUAGACCACAGGAAGAGCCUUUUCUCUUUGUGUCUUACGAUGUAAAACUUUUCUUUAAAGUCAAAGUGAGCAGAAUCCCUGUCACCCAAGGAUACUCGCUGCAUUAAGCCAUCUUUCCACCGCAGCCACCACCAUAUAACAAAGUCUUCAAUGCUUGCUUCUCUGAGGCUGAUUUUAUGAGGAAUUUUCAUUGCAUUACAACUCAAUGUAUGACUCAAUUUAUAAGGAGUGGUGAAGUCAGCAUCUUCACUUUAUACCUUUUCCUCUCCUUGCCUCUCCUGUGUGCUCUUUUGUCUUUUAAAUUUCUCGGCCUACACACACAUUCUCAUAGAGGCAGAGAGAGAGAGAGAGAGAGGGAGCGAGAGAGAGAGUCAGUCAUGCACACAUUGGCUGCACAUUCUAAGUGGGUGUCACUCUUGUAACCAGCCCAAAUCUGACCGCUGCUCUGUGCUUGUGGCUGUGUCCCUGACCGCAGUAUUCUCACUCUCCUUUAUCCUCAGUCUGAACUGCAUCACAGCACGGCAUUUACAGGCAUUCAACAACAAUCGCUCCGUGCUAAAUCACUAUCAUUUAGUGCUAUUUUGGACGGCUCACAUGCCAUUGUUAAAGCCUGCUACUGGCUCAUAAAAGGGACAGGAGGGAAAUUUAUACAUUGUCUUCGUGAUCCUGAUCCACUGGUCGAGAUUGUGUCACAGCUGUUUAAUGCCAUUUAAAGAUGCCAUGAUGUAAUCCCAAUUUAUUACCAUGUCUAGCAUACAGAAAGGAAUAAACUCAAGGAAAGACGUUCAGGGCGCAUUUGUCUCACUGCAACAUCAUAAUCUGUAUGCCAGCACCAUGCCAUCUCAUUGUUUCUGAUGUUUGUUCUGUGCAGCAAAACUGGAGGUGGAGACGGACUCUUUUGGAAGCCGUAUCCGUAUUAGAGGGGUGAAGACAGGAUACUACAUAUGUAUGAACAAGAGAGGAAAGCUGAUCGGCAAGGUAAUCUGGAAUUCAUAGUUUUGUGGCUGCAUUUGACUACGGCAACAUCUUGAAUUUUGUUCGCUUCUUGGAAAUGUUACUCUGGACUCGCAGCUUAUGGCGACACUGUGUUGAGACACAUUUGCAGCCAGAACAAAUUUGAUUUUGAGAUUUUUCUGAGGAGGCCUCUUAAGGUUUCAAAGGGUAGAUGAUUGGAAAUAAAGACAUUACUCUGCUUCCUGGAAAUCUUCCAAAAUAACUCAACGUCUCCUAACUUUUUAUGCUUCCCCAGCGGAAAGGACGAGGCAAAGACUGCAUCUUCACUGAGAUUGUUCUGGAAAACAACUACACCGCACUACAGAACGCCAAGUAUGAGGGCUGGUACAUGGCUUUCACACGCAAAGGCCGCCCUAGGAAGGCCUCCAAAACCAAGCAGCACCAGAGGGAGGCCCAUUUCAUGAAGCGACUACCGAGGGGGCACUUGCUGAGCGAGAGGAGACCGUUUGAUGUCCUUCCUCUUGCUGUCCCUGCGCAUCCUUUAGGCAAACGGACUAAACAUUCCCAUCACCAGCGCUCAGGGGGCCGCUGAGGACUGAAACUGCUGAGGGAGAACUAUAGAUGAACCAGAACAAACAGGAACCACUACAAGAGAAAUUAACUUUUACAGUCAAGUGCCCAUACACAUUUUGCCUCAUUUUGUGAACUUUGUCUAAUUGUCGCUCUUGUGAACAUUUUCUAUCUAAUCUCUUAACUAUUACAAAUUCAGAAGGACUUUAGGACAGAUCUACUCAUUAAAUCAAAGAAGACAUGUGGCUACUAAUAAAAUCCUGUGGUUACAAGUUGAUUUGAACUCAACAACCAUGAAUGUUUAACAAGAAAUGAGUACAAUGAAGCAAAACACGGCAGCUAUCUGUGGAACUUCAUGUGGUCACAGCGUUUAAGUCUCAGUUGACAUGCUCUCUUGCUUUUAGGAGGCCAUUUUGAGGAAUUUUUAACCUGUUUUUUUUUUUUACAUAUAUGAAUAUAUUUUUACUGUAAAAAUGUAAAUGACAUGAAAUGAUGGAAAUAUUUAUUGUAGAGUGUAUAUUAAAACCACUAAAGAUUCAGAAA